AUGGAUGAAAACAGGACUUCCUUGGCCAAAGGUGCCAGGGACAUUGCCAACGAGGCCAAGAGACAAGCAGCCAGAAACAUGUCCAAGGCUGUGGACCGAGCCUCGGACGAAUACUCGACUCAGCGCAGCUACAACCGCUUCAACAACGAAAACGAGGAAGAGUACAGCUACCAGCAGCAGGAUAAACAUUACAGAGAGAGCGAGAACAACGACGAAGGAGGGUCCAGCGAUGCCACAGAGGGCCACGACGACGAGGACGAGGUCUACGAAGGGGAGUACCAGGGCAAACCCUCGGACGGACACACGGCACCGGGAGCAGAGCCGGCUUCCCACAAAGGUCAAAAGGAUCUGGAGAACGAGAGGCAGGCCGACGAAGAGGAGCUGGCCCAGCAGUAUGAGCUCAUCCUGCAGGAGUGUGGCCACGGACGCUUCCAGUGGCAGCUCUACUUCGUCCUGGGCCUGGCGCUGAUGUCUGAUGGGGUAGAAGUGUUCGUAGUGGGUUUCGUGCUGCCCAGCGCCGAGACCGACAUGUGUGUGCCCAACUCUGGGGCUGGAUGGUUAGGGAGCAUAGUGUACUUGGGGAUGAUGGUGGGGGCGUUCUUCUGGGGCGGCCUGUCGGACAGAGCGGGCCGCAGACAGAUCCUGCUCAUAUCUCUGUCGGUCAACGGCUUCUUUGCCUUCUUGUCUUCCUUUGUCCAGGGGUACAGCAUGUUCCUCUUCUGCCGCAUGGUGUCUGGAUUCGGGAUUGGAGGAGCUGUGCCCAUAGUCUUCUCCUUCUUCGCUGAGGUACUGGCUCGAGAAAAACGAGGGGAACACCUGAGCUGGUUGUGUAUGUUCUGGAUGAUUGGAGGGAUCUAUGCUUCUGCCAUGGCCUGGGCUAUCAUCCCACACUACGGUGAGGCUGCAGUUCAGUUCAUUUAA